CACACUCGUACCGUGCAACUUCCCUGUGUUUUGUCUAGCAACACUGGCUGUUAGCGGAGAAACCGACAAAGUUUAGUUCCGCUAACGUUGUCGGAGCCGAGGAUCCAGCGGCAGCCCAUCCCAGCUCCAGCUGCAUCACGCCGCCGCCUGGCCCAGCUGCCCGCUGCCCGGUGCCCGCUGCCCGCUGCCCGCUGCCCGGUGCCCGCUGCCCGGUGCCCGCUGCCCGGCUACGGAUCGCUCAGAUCAGGGGCUUAAUAGUUUGUGGCUGGAGGAGCCCGGGUUGGCCGAGACAACCACAUGUCUGGGUGCCUUGUCCAGUGUUACAAUGGAGCCGUCGGGAAGUUCCGCAGCUGCGGCCUCGUCGAGCAACCACGCCCAGAACUCAACAGGUGGCGGCGGUUGUCCGUGGGAGGUCAGCGACAAGGCCAGACUGUGCCGAUUCCUCUGCUAUGGUUCGGAGGAUGACAUAUACACCGCCAGGGAGGAGGGUCGCGUCAGCACGGAGAGCACCGGCGCCCUGCUCUCCCUGCUGCAGGAGGGUCGGGGUACUGAGGUGGUGGAGGAGAUAAAAAGGUUCGCUCAGGAUGCGCGAGCCGUCAGACUCGGCCCGUCCUUCUUUGCCUUGGCUCUGUGCUCUCAGCACUCUGAGCUGAAGACGAGGCAGGCGGCGUUCAAAGCCCUGAAGGAAGUCUGUCGCAGCCCCGCCCAUCUGUUUUCUUUCAUUCAGUAUAAGAAGGAACUGAAAGAGGACAUGAAGUGUGGGAUCUGGGGACGUGCCCUGAGGAAAGCCGUGUCUGACUGGUAUAAUGAGCAAGAUGCCCUGAGUCUGGCCGCGGCUGUGACCAAGUGUAAACAGAGAGAGGGAUGGUCGCACCAGGAUCUGCUCAGGCUCUCUCACACCAAACCAGCUAAUGAAGCUAUCGCUUUGAUCAGCAAAUAUGUAACGAAAGGAUGGAAAGAGGUCCAGGCCGCUUAUGCAGACAAAGAGAACUCAGAAGAGGUGGUCAAAGUGCUUUCAUAUCUUGAAGUUGUGGAGAAGGUCAAGCACAGUUGUGAUGAAACGGAGGUCAUCAAUUUAAUAGAGGAACACAAACUGGAGAGGGAACAGCUGCUGACAGACCACCUGAAAUCCAAACAGGUAUGGAGAGCUCUUUUGAAGGAAAUGCCUCUCCAAUCAUUGCUAAGGAUCUUGGGUAAGAUGACAUCAAACAAAAUCCUUGAACCAGGAAGCGCAGAAACACGAGCUGUGUGUGACAGAAUCCAGAGCGAGGCGGCGCUGAAGAAGGCAAAUAUCCACCCUUUCAGCUUACAUUUGGCUUCAGAGAACUACAAAAGAUGCCAAGGCUAUCAGGGUAAAACAAAAUGGACACCAGACAGCAGUAUCCUCAUAGCAAUGGACUCUGCCUUCUACAAGAGUUGUAUGAAUUUGGAGCCUGUGGGCAAACGCUUCGUAGUGGCAGUGGAUGUGAGCUCAUCGCUAAGCAGCAUUGUCCCAGGGACGUCAAUCAGCACUGCCGUCGCUGCUGCCGCAAUUACCAUGAUUUUUGCAAGGACAGAGGUUGACACACAAGUGCUGGUCUACUCUGAAGGAGCUUUGGUUCCAUGCACUGUGACUGCUGACAUGACUCUCGCAGAAGCAACAGUUGAACUGGUUAAGAUCCCAGGUGGGAGUACAGACUGCACCCUUCCUAUCAAAUGGGCCACAGAGAACGGGAAAGCUGUAGACGUGUUCAUAAUUCUGACCAACAACCCAUUGUGGACGUUUACUGCCAGCCCGGUGGAGUCUCUACGGAAGCACAGAGAAAAAUCGGGAGCCAAUUCCAAAUUGGUGAUGUGUGGGCUGACUUCCAUUGGGCACGCCAUCGCAGACACAGAAGACAGGGGCGUACUGAGCAUCUGCGGCUUUGACCUUGGAGCCUUGAGCGUCAUUCGUAACCUAGCCCAGGAUCUGAUUUGAUCAAGUGUUGAGAAUUGGUCUUGGAAUCGUGUGGUCAGAGUCUGAAAAGAAGUUACAGAGUGGACCGGUGUGGCUCACUUAGCAUGCAGAGUGUCCUAAAACAGCACCAAUCCAAAAGGUGUUGAUAUUUACAAUUCCAAUUUCUCUUUUUGUAUUAUGCCACUUGCAAGUCAAUUGACAAAGUGUCCAGCAGGCUGGACAACACUCUGGAAUUGUGGUGUGCAUGUAUUUUUUUUUUUCAGAAAUUUGAAAAAUGAAGUAAUUUAAUUCAUAAUUACACAUCAGACUGAGUUAAGGUGCCAACAGCACUCUGUAUGACGAGCUGUUUAGUGCUUUGAUGCUUCUUCGUGAGCUACUAACCCGUUCAAUAAUGAUUCCACUCAUUUAUAGCAAGAUGUUGGAAGAUUGAAUAAGAGGAAAGUGUAAGAGUCAGAAUUUAGUCUUAGUGCAACAGUACUGUACCUUUGGUAUUAUUAUUACAGGUUUGAUGUGAUAGUAGCGGCGUUUUUGAAUUUGAAAACCUGUCACUUUGUUGUACGUAGCACUAUUAUAAGUGAUCAACAGGUGAAUGGAAACAAAGCACCAAAAGUUCGUUUUUCUGGCUAUUCUGAUCGAUUAUUUCAUUUAUUCAACCUGAGAAGAUAUGAGUAGUGAUAUCGAUGUCUAGGAUGCUGUUUACACAACUCUUACCUUUAGAUUAGCCAUUUUAGAUGUUGUAUCAACAUUUGUUUUUCCCUAAGCUAGUUUCAAUUUCAGUACUGAGUUGUCUGUUCUGCUCUAGGUGCAUUAAUUCUAUAAGAGAAUAACCUUGGUGGUCUUAAGUAUCAUUAUACAUUUUAGGGAUUAUUUGGGUUAUUAUAUUUUCCUCUGUGAAACAAUGAUGCAGAUGUUUGGUACUGUAAAUCAGAUUACUGUAAAAUGAAAAAAUGUCCUCAUAUUAGUCUGAAUCUGAAUCACAAUUUGGAUGUACUGUAUUAUUUUGUCCAGGCAGGACAAAUCAUAACAAUUUAACAACUUAUUACUCAGACCGAAUCUGCUAGCACAGUAUUGAUUUCGUAUUUAUGAUGUAUGAAUGUUCCUUAUGCAAAAAAACAAAAAGAUAAUUACUUCCUCCCUGGAAUUAAAUGAAUUGAAUGUACUUUUGUAAAACAUAACAGUAGAGAUUUGAAGUACAGCUCUUUAUAUUUCUUUAGGAGAAACAAUAAACUGUAUGUACAGUGUUUUAGCGUUAGGGGCCAAUUCAGCUGUAAUUACUGACAGCAUUCACUAAACCCAUGAAUUACACUUACUCACUCUAGUGUCAUUCACUCUUUAUGAAGAAAAAUAAACUCCUGACCAUUUUA